CGUGAUUUGAGAGAGAAGGCGUUUUCCCACAUUUCUCUCCUCCUGAUCCUCAUCUGGUGUACAGGUAUAUUGAGUAACAUCGAUUAACACACAGGAUGCUGUGGAUCUGUUCUCAACGUCACAUACCCGGAAAUGUUGCCCCAGUUUCAGUACUAUGAUGUCGGGUGGCCUUUUAUUAACAGCUUCUCAUAUCUUCCACAAUCACCGUCACAGCAAAGAAUCCGUUUUCUGUUGUACACACCGGAGAAUCCGACCUCACCGCAGCUGCUGGACCCUAUGAAUGUUACCUCCGUAAAUAACUCCAACUUCAACGCCCAACGACCCACGAAAUUCAUUGUACACGGAUACUGUGGUUCUGCCACUAAAAAGUGGGUUCAGAACAUGGUGAAAGAGAUGCUGACCCAGAAUGUCAACAGCAUCGCCGUAGAAUGGAGAAAGGGCGCCCAGGGACCUUACUACUACCAGGCCACGGCCAACACUCGGGUUGUCGGCAACUACAUCGCGACUCUCAUCUUGUUGCUUGAGAAGCUGGGUGUCCCCAUGUCCUCCGUCCACGUGAUUGGUCACUCGCUGGGCGCGCAGACAGCGGGCUACGCUGGCCAGGGCUUGGACGGGAGGCUGGGAAGGAUUACAGGUCUGGACCCUGCUGGCCCCAAUUUCGAAAUGUACGACAGGCUUGUGAAACUGGACAGGGACGACGCGCAGUUUGUUGACGUCAUCCACACCAACGCCAAAUCUCUCGUGCUGGGGGGUCUCGGAACUACGGAAAUGUGCGGUGACGCCGAUUUCUUCCCCAAUGGAGGCGUUGACAUGCCCGGAUGUACGAAUGGCGUAUCCCUUCUGCGAACAGCACUCAGUAGUCUGCUUUAUGGACAAGUACAAGGUAUGACUGUGCUGCCACAGCUUGUGAUGUCCAUGACAUAUGAUCCUUAUACAGGCUCUAUAAAACCCAUGAACAUUGUUUUGUGAAAUUACGCCGUGAUUUGAGAGAGAGAAGAUGCUUUCCCACAUAUCUCUCCUCCUGAUCUU